AGUUGUCUAGAUCCAACGAUUGUAUUUUCAUCGUUCUAUUCUAAAAUUUCACAAAUUUCAUAACAUUUAUGGUGAAAUUUUUAAAAUUACGUUAACAGUAAUUGAAUAAUAAAUAGGCAAUCACAACAAAUAGCCUCUGAUAGUGGCUGCUUUAUACUCAAACAUCUAGUCAAACCGUGCAAAGGCAUGUAGCCCGUGAUAAUCGAUCACGUGAUCAAAGAUCACGAGUAAUGUCUACUCGCGAAUAUGGAUCUCGAAAAUUUUUUGAUAAUAGGUCGAUACUUGAAGAACUGUGAACACGAUGAUUACCAAAUACUUUACCAAUGUGGUCGUUAAGUUUGACCCAUUCACUGCUGGGGGGAGAUCAGCCAGAUUAUUUCUCGCCAGAGUUCCAUCUUCUGCCAAGAUCUCAUGCAAGGUGUUGACCAAGACUUCUACAGACAAGCCAUCCAUAGAAGUGACUUUCAGGGAUAAAAAUGUCAUGAAGGCCGAUCCUGUCAACAUGAACAUAACUGAAUUAAGGGAGUACUUUGACACCCACUCUAGAAAGUUGGCUAUUCAAGAUGCCAUCAAGGAGUAAACGUUAGAAAUUGCAUAGAUCACACCAACAAAGUUGUUCAACAGUACAAAUGCUCGAUUCAACUUAGAAAACCCAACUCACAGCCCAUCACAAGACAAUAGCACCAUGUAUAUAGAUUCCCAAGUCGUGCGUCCAUAGUUUAGUUCUUCGUUUUAGGCUUCAAUACAAUUAAUUUGAUUAGACAGCAGAGAUUACG